UUAAGUAGCCGCUGCAAAGGCUUCUUCUGCUGCCAUGGCGACGCUCCGCCCCUAUAAACAGCUUCCGCUGCUGCUAUUGGUCAGCACGUUUCCAAGGAGACCGCGGGCCCUAGCCACUCUCUCUGGCGUUAACUCUCCUGGAACUCCCUCCUUCUGCCGCCCUCUCCCGCGCCACCCAGCCCCCUACCCGCCACCGCGUCCCGGCUCCGCGCAUUCCCGCCCGAGGGCCCCGCGCAGGGCUCGGAGAAGCGCGCGGUCCCCGCCCGAGGCCCCGGGCACGCCGGGGAGCCGUUCGCCCCGGCCGCCGCUCUCCUGCCCUCGCUCCCUUCCGGUCCCGGCUGCUCCGGGGCGUUGGCGGCUCCGCGUGGGCCCAGGCUGGGAGCGGGCUCGGGCACCGUGUGCUUGGGGCUUCCUUUCCUCUCUUCUGGGCUCACGUUUCUGUGCCCUCUCCCACCCUCCCCACCCUGAGCGUCGUCUCGGUGCCCGCCCGCAGGUCCGACUCUCCGAUGCCACCUGCCGCUCAGGUCCGGGCUGCACCGAUCCCAGACGCCCCGCGGUGGGUAGGGUUUCCCGAUAGCUGAGGAAACGGAGCCGGUGAGCGAAACUCAAGAGAAGCCACGACUCGCCGAAUCCUC